AUGUCCAACUCGUCAUUAAAACCUUCCACCAUUGCGGCUAUUAGCGCCGGCACCAUCAUCACAGGCCUCCUCGCAUAUGCCGCCUACUUCGACUACAAGCGACGAAACGACCCCAAUUUCCGCAAGCAACUCAAGAAGGAGUCGAAGCGGACAGAGCGCCAGGCCAAGGAGGAGGCCGAAGCACAGGGCGCCGAGCAGAAGAAGGCCAUCCGGGAGGCGGUCGAGCGCGCAAACGAUGAGGGCUUCCCCAAGGACCCUGAGGAGGUCGAGGCAUACUUUAUGCAAGAGGUUGCCCAGGGAGAGGGAAUGGUGCAAAAGGGUGCGGAUAACGUGGAGGCUGCGCUGUGCUUCUACCGCGCAUUGAAGGUCUACCCCAACCCCAGGGAACUGAUCAACAUUUACGACAAGACUGUCCCCAAGCCGGUUCUAGACAUCCUAGCCGAGAUGAUCGCCGUGGACACUUCAAUCCCGGUCGGCGGCAGCAAGACACCGUCUGAGGCGGGCUCAGCAGGCGAUCUCGAGUAA